AUGCCGGUUUGUGAUCUGGACAAGAGAAGGCCACAUGGGAAGAAGGUGAUGGGGAUUGAUGUGGUGGUGUGGUGGGACAAGAAUGAGAGUGAAUGGAAGGUGUUUGAUGAUAGUUGUCCUCAUAGAUUGGCUCCUUUAUCAGAAGGAAGGAUUGAUCAAUGGGGAAGAUUGCAGUGUGUCUACCAUGGUUGGUGCUUUAAUGGCUCUGGAAAUUGCAACUUCAUCCCCCAAGCUCCACCAGAUGGCCCUCCGGUUCACACUUCUAAGAAAGCAUGUGUUUCUGUUUACCCAAGCACUGUACAAAAUGGCAUUGUAUGGUUUUGGCCAAACACAGAUCCAAAAUAUAAAAAUAUUAUUACAAAGCAAAAACCACCUUACAUUGCAGAAAUGAAUGAUCCAUCAUUUUCUCAAUCAAUAUUAAUUAGAGAAUUUCAUUAUGGAUAUGAAGUGAUGGUUGAGAAUCUUAUGGACCCUGCACAUGUUCCAUAUGCUCAUCAUGGAUUAAUGCGAACAAGGCUGCCUGGUAAGGCUGAUAGAGAAGGUGGCAUACCUCUUGAAAUGACUUUGGAAAAUUUCAACAUUAAUGGUUUCACUGGAAUGAGUGAUCCUGGUUUUAACCAAUUUUUUGCACCAUUUGUUUUCUAUAGUUCUAUGCCACUUAAUCUAAAUCACGAUAAUCAUAAUAAUGAGGCUAAAAAGGGGUUUCAAAAUAAUAAUAACACAAUGGCUUUAGUAUUUAUAUGUGUUCCAAUUAGUCCUGGUAAGAGCAGAUUGUUAUUAAGUGGAUCAAGGCAAAGAUUUCCAAAAAGAUUUUAUGAUUGGUUUUAUGAAAUAUUUCCAAGAUGGAUAUCUCAUAUUCCCAUAAAUAUUGUUCUGGAUUCAGAUGCAUAUCUCCUACAUCUUGAGGAGCGUAAGAUAAUGGAAGUUGGAGUUGGGAAAUGGAAUAAAGCAUGUUUUGUGCCAACAAAAUCAGAUGUUCAUGUGGUUGCUUUUAGAAAAUGGCUUAACAAGUAUGGGGGUGGCCAAGUUGAUUGGGGUGGCAAAUUCUCUGGUGCUCUUCCACCAACCCCUCCUAAAGAACAGCUCAUGGACAGGUAUUGGAGCCAUGUAGUGAAUUGUAGUAGCUGCAGUGCUGCACACAAGGGUUUGAAAGUGUUAGAAGUAAUGCUACAAGUGAUGUCCAUAGCUCUUAUUGGAUAUGUUGGUGUAACCAAUAAACAAAGCCAAACAUUGAAGAUUGGCAUGGUUUCUAUGGCAUUUCUUUGCUUUGUAGCUUCAAAGUGGUUGUCUCAUUUCAUCCACAAGAUCUUCCAUUUUCAUGAUUAUGACCAUGCUUUUCGUUAA